ACGUCAUAAUUUCCCUUACUCUAUGGACACAUUUGGUAAAGUAAAACACGAAUGGCCAAGCCUAUUUUUUCGAUUUAGUGUUAUACGCUAUUGUUUUUUAUUAUUAUUUUAAUCCUAUAUAUCGAAUUCCAAUCAUGGUUGUUAAAGUAUACAUUAGUGGUAUUUCUGGAAACAAGGAGGUGAAAAAGAGACAGCAACGUGUUAUGAUGAUAUUGGAUUCUAAAAACAUUAAAUAUGACAUCAUUGACAUCACGGAACCGGGAAGGGAAGCGGAUAAAGACUUUAUGCAAAACAAAUCGACAUCGAACGGAGGGACCGUGAGUGACCCCAACCCGCGGUCCCCGCUGCCUCCGCAGAUCUUCAACGACGAGGAGUAUUGCGGGGAUUAUGACCAGUUUGACAUGGCAAAUGAAGUGGAUUCGCUGGAGGUUUUCCUGAAAGUGGAGCUUCCUCCAGAAGAGCCGCCAGUAGCGGAAGAAAAGGUUGUGAAUGGGGACGCUGAGAAAACUGAAAAUGGAGAUAGUAAGGCCUCCAAGGAGACCUCACAGGAAAGGGAUACCAAAUCUGCAGAAAAAGAGGGUACUCCUGCACCAAAGGAAGGGUCACAAGAGAAAGAAACAGCCCCAGCCAAGGAUGGAACUCCUUCAAAAGAAGGUACACCAGCACCUAAGUCUAAAGAAGGUACACCUGCCCCUAAAUCUAAAGAAGGUACACCUGCCCCUAAGUCUAAAGAAGGUACACCUACCCCCAAGUCCAAGGAAGGUACACCAGCACCCAAGUCUAAAGAAGGUACACCUGCUCCCAAGUCUAAAGAGGGUACACCAGCACCCAAGUCCAAGGAAAGUACACCAGCACCCAAGUCCAAGGAAGGUACACCAGCACCCAAGUCUAAAGAAGGUACUCCUGCCCCUAAGUCUAAGGAAGGUACACCUGCUGCAGAUGCCUCGAGGGAAGCUUCACAAGAAAGACAAUCCGUUGAAAAGGAGGCACCAGUUGUAGAAACAAAGGCAUCUGAUGUAGAGUCCGCAGUUAAAUCCUCAAAAGAAAGUACACCGCAAAGGGAAAAUGGCUCUGUGGGGUCUCGCGAACAAUCUCAAGACAAAGAUGAGGCUGUGGUGAAGAAGACUAACCCGUCUGAGGCUUUGAUCGAGAGUGAGCAGGCGGCCGCUGCGGAGUAAUUGACUGGUUAUAUUUACUGCUUCUCAGCUCAAGUUAAGCCCCUCUUAGCACUAAGCGAGCGUAUCCAUUAAGUCUAUUCUGUUAUUUAUGGUGCAUCAUUCACUUCUUUGGCAUAAUUAGUCAUUGUAUAUAAUGCGAAGAAGAUUUCGUUGAGAACUUGUGUUGUAGCGAUGUAUAGAGUAUCAUGUUAACAAUGAAGUGGCCUAUUAUCGUAAUCAUUAGAUUUAUAACUCAUUUUAAUGAAGUUAAACAUUAAGAUUUCUAUUUAACAAAUUUAUCCUUCAAUUAAGGCUUGUAUUAUUUUAAAGUAUUAAUAUUUCUUUUUUUUAUUUUUCACAUUAACUAGAAAUGGAUUUGUAUUCAAAUUUUAAAAAUAUUUUAUUUACUGAUGUAAGUAUUUUACUAAUAAGAUUGAUCUUUUAUUAGGAUUUUAGGUAUCCUUUUUGUAAGACAUCCUGCCGAUUAUUAAGUUCAUUCGUCUUGCCAUGAUUAUAUUGACGAUGACAUUUUGCUAGAGUAUUAAAUAAUGUAUUUAUAAAAUAAAUUUUAAAAAAUGCAGUGUUUAUUUUGCAAAAACUGUUCAUGACAAGUUUAUUUCAUUAAUUUUGUAUUAUUAAAGACAGUUUUAACUAAUUUUUCAUAUGAAUUAUAUAAAUUACUAUAUA